CAAUCUUUUUUAACUAAAGCCUAUCCCUCCAGAUCCCCAACAUUCUUGGUUAAUAACCCCAAAUUCCCCACCAUCCCCCCGCACCACAAGCCAUGGCCACUCUCACCUUCACCACCGCCGCUGCCACCAGCCCCAAACUUUCCCUUAGAAAUCCUCUUUCAUUCAUUUCCUCCAAAUCCUCCUUUCCUUCUUCCAAGCCUUUCAUUUCCUUACUCAAACCCUUAACUACCAAAUUCCCCACCCUCUUCCCUCUCAAAUGCUCCCCUAAUCCUUCACCUUCUCCUCCACAUCCUCUCUCAAUCCCGCCUCCGCACGGCGAAACCCUCUACGGUAUCUUCCUCCUCUCCUUCUCUCCCACUCUGGCCGAGAUCGCCGCGCUCUCUGGCUACGACUUUGUAGUCAUCGACAUGGAACACGGCCCUGGAGAAAUCCACGAAUCCCUCCAAAUUCUCCGCACUCUCUCCCCGAUCAAUACGCCAGCCAUCAUCCGCCUCCCUGAAUCCUCCGCUGCUUGGGCUAAAAAAGCCCUUGACCUCGGUCCACAAGGGAUCAUGUUCCCCAUGAUUGUCCCCAAAGACGCUAAAAAGGCGGUGUCGUAUUGCCGUUUCCCUCCUGACGGAAUCCGUGGCUCCGCUCACACGGUAGUGAGAGUCAACUACGGAAUCAACGAAGGGUAUUUGAGUAAUUACAUGGAGGAUCUGUUAAUAAUGUGCCAGGUGGAAACGGUAGAUGCGGUGAAAAAGGUAGAAGAGAUCGCCGCUGUUGAUGGGGUCGACUGUGUUCAAAUGGGCCCGUUGGAUCUAAGCGCUAGCUUGGGUUACUUGUGACCCGGUCACAAGAAUGCUAGGGAGACGUUGAGGACGGCGGAGAAAGGAGUGCUUAAGUCGGACCCGAGGGACGGUGGAGCCUUCUUGGCUGGUUUUGCAAUGCCGCAUGAUCCCCCGGUGGAGCUCGGGAGGCGCGGGUAUCAUAUGGUUUCUGGCGCCGUUGAUUUUGCGUUGUUCAGAAAUGCGGCUUUGGAGGAUGUUAAAAGGUUUAAGAAUAGUGUGACGGUGGGUUCUGAUGAUGAUGGGGAAGAGGAUAAAGAUGGUGAUGAGAAGUAUUGGAGCGAAUAAAAUAGAUGUUGGAGUUCUACUUUACUUUUCCUUUUGGAGUCUAUUUGGUUGCAAGUUUUUGUGCAUGUAGUUGAGCAGCAUCGUUUCCUAUUCGACAAUGAAAUAGAGAUUGAGACUUUGAGUUCAA